GAACGCGCGACGCGUAACGUUUUUAAAAAACAUUAAAUAAAAAAAAAAACGUUGAGUGACGUCACCGAAGUUUUAAAUAUCGAAGAGACAUCGUGAAACGUUUCAGUGUGUUGUGCUUGUCAUUGUGGAGUGGUAGCCGUGACGUUUUAUAACCAUGAAGCCACUACACACAGUGGUGGCGAUAUGCCUCCUCAUAACAGUCACCGCCCUCCCAGAGAACAUCGAGGACGUAAAAGAACUACCACAGAGCAAGGAGCCAGUGCUUGAAGCAGAAGAAAGCGAAACCAGCCCGAGGAAGGAGCGAUGCAGCUCUUGCUCCGCGAAAUUUAACGUCAAAUCUCCAAAUGACGUCCUCGCAGCCAUACAAGCGCUACCAGGCGGUGAAGUGCACACUCAGCAAUCUUUCGAAGGCUGUUCUAGCGAUAAAGGCUGCGCUGGAAUUAAAGUCAAAGACGGCAGAGUCAUAGAGAGGUUCGGAAAUGUUGAUGCUUUCCGUGCAGCGGCUGAAGCGGACACGUCCAACGAAUUCAGUUUCCACGCUGCCGGUAACUUCGGAAACGUAUUCGAAGGCGGUAUACCCGGCAACGGACCUUUUUGGUGGAUGAACCAGAACUCGCCUUUCAAGAACGGCGGUGGGAACUACGAAAAGUUUAGCAAAUCUAGCUCUAGCUCAUUUUCCAGCAGUGGCAGCACUGGCGCCGGAGGCAUAGAUAUUGCGGCAAAUCCCUUCCUAAGUGGAGGUUUCGUGGCGGGAGGUGCAGGAGGAGCCCAAGCAGCCAAGCCAGCUGGCGCUUUCGAAUCGUCAUCGUUUGAAUCGUCUUCUUUCAGUAGCAAAGGAAACAUCGAUUUAACUAAGAACCCAUUCUUGAAUGGUGGCAUUAAAAUUGGACAGGGUGGUUUCCAAGCUCAAGGUGGAUUCGGGUCACAAGGAUCUAGUCAAUUUGGUUCCCAAAGUGGAUUUGGUGCAUCUGGUCAAACCACUAGCUUUGGGGCCGGAUCUCAAAGUGCAGGAUUUGGAGCUGCUUCUCAAAACUCAGGAGCUGCAGCUGGAUCUCAAGGAUUCGGAGCUGGAUCUCAAGGUUCAGGAUUAAACGCCCAAGGCGCUUUCACUUCUGGCUCUCAAGGAUCUUCUUUCCAAAGUUCAAGCUCUUCUUCUCAAGGUUUCCAAAGCUUUGGCGCUGGACAAGCUAACAGUAACCAAGGAGCGGCCAAUCAGGGUGGCUACAACAGUGGAUCUUUCUCUGGCAACAAAUUCGCGAGCAGUGGCUUCGUGGGGUCGUCUCCUAGACCCUUCACUGCCUCCACUCCAGGCGCCGGAAUAAACCUUAUCCAAAAUACGCAGAAAACUAGUGAAAUUGACUACAGCCAAAGCGUGAAUAUCGACGAGACCUCAAGAGGCUCAAGUGGCAUCAGCUCCGGUGGUGCUCUGCAACAGACCUGCUCUGGACAAGGAUAUGUGUGUGUCCACAAGGCACAGUGCAACAACGGUGUCGUAAACUCCAAUGGUGCCGGAAUACUGCAAGCCAACUCUCAGAAACAAUACUGCGACGUGCGAACAGAAAUAUGCUGCAGAUUGGAGACAGCCGCUACCGCCACCGGCACCUACCAGGGCUCCGGCUUAUUCGCCACCGGCCAAAACUCUGGCCAAGCACAGACCAACGCUUUAGGCUUAAGCCAAACCAAUUCCUUCGGCAGCGCUGGUCAAUUCAACUCUGGAUCUACUUCAUCUUUCGGAGCAAACUCCGGUUCCGUUAAAGGCGUUACAGCUUCAGGAGUUGGAUCAGGCAGCUUCGGAUUCUCGACAGCAGUUCCAUCAUCAACGAACCGUUUUAACAACGAAGUAUACAAAUCGACGAGCCAAUCGAACUUCAUUGAGACAGAUUCUUUCUCAUCGGGCAGCGAAAAUGCUGGGGUAUAUAGACCGGGCGCAAGCGGCUCUGGUCUGAAGCCGGGUAUUCCGUACCUACCCCCUGUGGAUAACAAGAACCAACCUUCCAAUUUGUACCCCUCGACUGUCUUCCCGAGCACGACCACAACUCCUCGACCAUUAACCACUCCUAAGCCUACAUACUUGCCUCCCCCACCACCGCGACCACCAUCCACCUCAGCUCCUACCUAUCUCCCUCCAGACCAAGAUAGAGAAGGUUCCCUCAUCUUGGACAUCUACAGAAAUCAGCAAACGACGCGUGCACCACAAUUAUCUAUCAAUGACAUCUCCACCGCUUGCGCAGCCGCCCUCAAGUGUACUGCAGUCGAAUACUGUACAGCCGAUGGUGUUAUAUCUACCACUCCAGUAGUCCUCACCAAGGAACAGGAUGCUUUCAGAGUACCACUCACGGACUGCAGAGAUCUAGGCACUGGCACUAUUGGCAAAUGCUGCAGAGACCCCAACUACACCGACCCAUGGCCCACCAAUCUUUUGGGACAAUGGAAUGAUACCUUCUUUGGCAAUAACGGAAAAUACGUGCCGGAUAACAGAGGCAGCCCUAACAACCCUUCAGUGUACAGGGAGAAAGUGACACCCACACCGUUCGGACCCAAUCAAAUCACACCUGGAUUCUCCAAGACCUCGACAACCGUUGGCAACGGCCAGAUCUCCCAAGGUGGUGGAGGUUCCUUCAACCUGGGAAGUAGAGGCCAGUUCGAAGCCGGAGCGAGUGGACAAGUCUCUCUGUCUGGACAGCGUGAAGAUUCCCAAGUAACACAGACCACUCAGCAAUUCCAAACAUCGAACUUCAAUCGCAACAACCAGGGUCAAGCAGUUGUGGUUGGCCAAGGUCAAGGCACUUAUACAGGAGAAGGUCAAGGAGUGAGACAAGGACAAGGCUCAUACCAAACAAACAAACAGUAUACCGUUGGCUCGAUUCAAGCGGACGCUGUCAGGACCCAAAACAAUUACGGCCAGGCAGCCGGUAGUGGGCAAACAGUUACUGGUAUCCGACAGGGGGCAGGUACUGGAGUCAGCCAAGGAAUUGGCGUUGGAGUUAGCCAAGGAAUUGGGUCUGGAGUCAGACAGGGCUCUCGAUUCGCGGUCACCCAGGAAAGCGAGUCGGAGGUCAGCCAGAGUGUCAAUCAGGGCGUCACCCAAACCCAGGGUGUGGGAGUGACUCAAGGCUUCGGCAGCGGUGUUAGCCAAGGAGUAGGAACUGGCGUCAGUCAAGGCAUUGGAACUGGUAUCCGACAGGGUGUUGGGUCUUAUGGAAUAUCACAGACUGGGUCCACCAUCGAGCAGCAGUACACUGAAGUCAUAUACAGGGUGUUCCUACAGCAGUACACCAGCAAUGGACAAUGUGGCAUUAUAAAUAGUCAGAAACCGUUCGGAAACCGCAACGAACUGGAAGUAGACUUCUCCGAAAUCCCAUGGCAAGCGAUGGUGCUCCUGCAGACCAACAAGAGCUUGUUGUGUGGUGGAGUUAUCACAAGACCUGAUGUGGUUCUGACAUCAGCCGCUUGCGUUGAGGGACUUGACGCCAAGAACGUCUUAAUCAAGGGAGGUGAAUGGAAACUGGGAAUAGAUGACGAGCCCCUGCCAUUCCAAAUCGUGCAAGUGAAGCAUAUCCUCCGCCACCCGUUGUACACACGCGGAAAUCUCCAAUACGACGCUGCUAUCCUGGUACUCACGGAGAACUUGCGGCUGGCUAACAAUAUCCUGCCGAUCUGUCUGCCGGGCGAAGGUGAAACCCUGGACGCGUUCUACAAUGGCGCUGGAGAGUGCAUUGUCACUGGUUGGGGCAAGCAGGUCCUUCAAGCCCACAUUUCCGGCAGCAUUCUGCACAGCGUGAACAUCUCCCUGAUCAACCCUGGGGAAUGCCAGGCGAAGCUGUCCCAGGAUUACCCUCACCUGCUGGAGCAGUACGACCAGGAGAGCUGCGCCUGUGGCCAGCCUACCAACCCUACAAACAACAUCUGCAAGGUCGAUAUUGGCAGCGCCCUAGCCUGUACCACAAGCGGCUACUACGUUCUUAGAGGCGUCUAUUCCUGGGAUUCAGGCUGUCAACCCGGCAACCAAGUGGCUGGAUUCUACAAAUUCGAUCUAGAAUGGUACCAAUGGGCUAUCGGUCUGAUUGAGAGCGCCAGGUUCGCUCAAUUUGCUGGUAAUGCGCAAUCCGGCAACAGAUACUCAGGCCAGGUCAGUUCUGGUGGCAGGGGAACUCCAUUCAUCGGGGGCACCAAGGCAGGAGGCAUAUCUGGACAAUUCGGUCAAAACCAAUUCAACGUUCAACUUACAACAAACAGAAUCGCCGGCGAAUCAAACACUGGAUUCCAAUCUGAUCAGAAUAGAGUUCAAAAUGGAUUGCACAUCGGCGGUCAGCUCCAAGGUAGCCAAGGCUCGUUCCAAAGUGGCCAAAAUAUAUUCCAAGCCCAAUUGCCGGUCGGGCAGAACCAAUUCACAAGUUCCGUAGGACAAUUUGGGUCCAGCAAGUACCAGUCUGGUGGGAACAGCGCGUCCAGUGCCGCCGUACAAGGCACUGGACCUGUAUCCAAUACUUUUACGGCCACUUACACAGAGAAAAAGAUCUUCCAGUCCGAACCCAAAGUAGUGACUUACACAACCAAGCCCGAAAUCGUAACUUUCACAACUAAGCCCGAAUAUUUCACUUACACAACCAAGCCCAAAGUGUUCAGUUACACGACUAAGCCCCGAGUUAUAACUUACGAGACCUCAGGAAGCGGUACGAACCCACAGUACGCGGCACCGAAUGUAUCUUUCAACCCAUCAUUCACGGAAACAGUCAAAGGACACACACAUAACGCUCAAUGCAAGUGCUUGCAGAACGGCAAGAAGUGAGCUUGAGUCUUACAAAUAAUUUUUAAAUUGGUUACAAAAAUUAUGGGGUUAAUCGUGCCAUAAAAAUUCUUUUUUUUUUUGUAAUACAUAUAUUAUCGUAAUUCUAAAGUCGAAUAUUAAUUGAAAGUACAAAAAACGACGCCAGUUCCUGAACGGUAAACGAAAUUUUGCAACUGGCAACACUUACCGAAACUGAACGACUGAUGUCAGUCUAAAGAUAUGAAAUAUAUAUUAAAGACUAUUUAUGAAUGUAAAAGAAAAUCUGUAAAUAGGUAGGCUUUUAUUAUUUCAUUCUCUUCCAUGACUUUCUUGUGUUUUUUUUUUGUAAUCGUUAUUUUAUUUCGUGUAUUUAUAUUGAAAUUUCACAACUGCCAUCUUAUUUUCUUUUUUUUUUAUAUAAAUAUUUGCCUUCGUUGUGUUAAAAAAUUGUUAACAAAAUUAAAAUAAUUAAAUGUAAGUAAAAAUAAGGUAUAAUGUGGAAUUCAUUUUAAAAAUUAGAUUUUUGACCAUAUUGGAAUUUUUUGCCCAAAAUGGUCGACUAUCUAAUUCGAUCGGUUUUUUAGUUGUAUAAAAAUAAUAAUAAGUUUUAUAUAUUAUAUAAAAUUUUGUCGUACGCAAAAGUAUUUAGUCAA